AGAAGCUGCAGGAAAUCCAGGGGAUUCUCUCUCUCUUUGUCUCUCUUGCUCUCUCCCUCUUGCUGUCUCUUUCCCUCUAUGUCUCUCUCUUGUCUCCCCUCUUUGUUACUGUGAGAUUUUAUGUCGCAAACUGCCGUCUCCCUCUUCCCCAAAGCAUAUUCAUUCGCUUUCUUUCCAGACCUUAGGCCAGAGGAACAACUACAACUUCUCCACAGUCUAAGACCUUGACUACUGGGGCAGAAUGAGGUCCUCCACCAUCACCCUGAGUACAUUCCCACCUCCCUCCUCUCUCCCUCUUUUUCCUCGGGUCCUUCUUUCCUAGUUGCCAUGGAGACUCACGUCAUCUACGUGCCGUGCGUCGCCUUGGAAACAGAGGAGCAUCAGAGGCGCGGCUGGGAGACCCGCCCCUCUUCGCCUCUCACCAACAGCCGCUGCCACUUAAUGGCGGCGGAGUGGUAGCCCUCGGAUCCAGAGCUAGACUCAGCCCCGGCUCCAGCCACAGAGCUUUUGGGCACGUUCCAGCGAGGCCAGGUGUAGGCUUUGCGUUCGCGCCUCCCGGCACUUGGCGGGUGAAUCUGAUCCGGCUACCAGGGGCCGAAUCCGAGAGUCCUUCCUCCUCCCAGGUACUCUCUAGCUCCUCGCUCGUUCCCCCUCGCCGAUACUCCGACUUCUCUCCUGGAUCCCUACACCGGCGGGGCUCCCUACUCCCCUCGCUGUCCCUUGCCGGGGGCCCGGGUCGAUCUUGCUGCCGCCGCCGCUGCCGCAAGUCAAUGGAGGACGGACCGCUGGAGAUCCUGACCAAGGACGGCGACCUCCCGGGCCCAUUGGAGGUGUCCUCGGUGCCCGCUGUGGGGGACGUGAUCUCGGGCGAGUAUAACGGCGGCAUGAAGGACCUGAUGGAGCACCUGAAGGCCCAGCUGCAGGCCCUGUUUGAGGACGUGCGGGCCAUGCGGGGGGCCCUGGACGAGCAGGCCUCGCACAUCCAAGUGCUUUCCGACGACGUGUGCGCCAACCAGAGGGCUAUCGUCUCCAUGUGCCAGAUUAUGACCACAGCGCCCCGCCAAGGCCUGGGUGCGGCCAGUGGCCCGGAGGGAGGCGACCGGGGCUCCCCUGGAGUUCCAGGGACCCUUCUUGCCAAGGAGUGGGGCUGUGGUGCGCAGGAUCCCGAGGAGGAAGGGAAGGAAGUUCCCAGCCCAGCUACACCCACUAAUUUCUGUGAGAGCCUGGAGAACCCCUGUGCUUGCCUGCUGGAGGGGGAUGGGCCAUUGGUGGAUGCUCACGACCUGCCUGAUGUAGCCCUGCUCCAACUGGAGGGGGAGAACUCAAUGUAAGGAGGCUCCAGCGGGGGGCAGCACCUCCGAGGCACGGUUUUGGGUUUUUGGUGCAUGAUGAUGAGGGAACUGGACAACUCGGUGCAGCAUGCUUCACUUGGGUGUCUGCUAUGGGAUGCUAGGCAGAGACUCCUCUAAAGAGGAACUUAUAAUGAAGGGGAUCAUCAUGGAUUUUUUCUGCCUAACAGGCAGAAUGACUGACAGUCUCUCACAGGGAAAGGUGAAAUGCAAGGCAGAGGAAGCCAUUGGGCAUCUCAUCUCUGGACUCCCACCCAUCCUAACCCUCCCCUUGCCCCCAGCCAAUACAAGAGCCCCUGAAUUGUAUAAAUAAAAUUCUGCUUUUUAUAUUCUGAAGAUAUACUCCUUAGGACAGAGGCAAAUUAAAUCUCUAGACAUGUAUAUAGAAAUUAAGGAAUUGGGGUUUUUGUUUUGGCAACAAGAAACACCCCUCUGCUGAAACCCACUGACACUCAAUGCCACUGCCAAAGCCCCUUUCCCCCAGUACAGAAAUCUCUACACCUUCUUGUUGGUUAAGGAAGCUUGAGGAAUGAACUACAUGCAGUCCAGGGAGUGUGAGGGAAGGGGGUUCCACAGGCAUCUGGGCUAAAAGGCAAUGGCUCUUAAUGUGCAUGAAGAUUUGUUAGCUCAACUUUUAGGAUAUUGCAUGCUGAGAAGAUCCAGCUUUGUUAUAACUUCACCUGGGAUUGCAUAUCUUUGCAAUGACCUUAGAUCCCAGGCAGAAACUUGGGAACCUGGAGACACAGGGAUGUUCAGCAACCUGGUCAGGCUUGCUCGAUUCCCAUUCCUUUCCUUGCCAAAAUUGCCUCUCUUGUAGCCAGCCACUCUGUGUUGCCUCCAUGAUGUCCUGUGUUGUUAUGUGUUCAUUGUGUUGUAGUGUGUGAGCCCCAAGGGACAGGGUUUGUGGCUCACAUGUCUAGUUCAGAGGGUUUCAUACCCCUUUGUGAGCCCCAAACUAUCAUGACGCUUCUCCCCAACCCCUUCAGGGCAUGGAGCAUGUGGUUGUCCAGGGGUUCUGCAAAUGAUGUGUUGCUUUCCUUCCUCUCCCCUCCCCUUACAAGUACUGACUCUGUGUGCCCUAUCCCCUGCUCCUGUGUAUCUUUUUCUCUUAGUGCUUUCCUCGAUGUGACCUUAAUAAUAAAGAGGCGUCAUCUCCCUUCCUUGCUGACUGGUUCUGAGGGCAUGGUCUGGUUCUCCAUUGCACUCUGAAUGAUGCAGGGCCCAGAGAAGAGAGCCACACAAAUUCAGGGGAAGUGUGUGUGUGUGUGUGUGG